GGAGGAUCCCGGGAUCCCGCGGGCAGCGGAUCCCGCCGGGAUCGGCCCUUCCCGGCCCGCGGCCCAUGCGGACACCGAGCGGCGGCCGCGGCCUGCCCAGGAACGCCCCUGGAGCAGCUGAGCCCCCCCCGCCAUGGCCUCGCCCCCCCCGCCCGCAGUAGGAUCCCCCCCGGAUCCCCCCGGCCCCGCGGGGAUGGAGGAGCUGGGCCAGGCCUUUGAACUGGAGGACAGCGAGGAGGAGGAGGAGGGGGAGGACGAGGACUCGGAUUCGGGAGCUGAUCCCUGCCCUGAUCCCGGAGUUGAUCCCGGAGCCGAUCCCGGUGCUGACGUCGCUCUCCAGGCGCCCCCGCGCCGGCGGCGCCCACCCAGCUCCGAAGGGCUGGAGAUGGAGACCCAGGAAGGGAUCCCAGCACAGGUGAGCAACGGUGAGGCCGGAGGAGAUUCCCAGAUCCGGAGCCGCACCUGGAAGAGGGAGAGCAUCUGCCGAGGGGAGCGUUUCUCCUUCCCGGAGGUGGAGGACGAGGUCAUCUACGACGACGUUCCCUGCGAGGGCCUGGAUGUGGAGCAGGAUGGCGCGGGGCUGAUCUACGCCGAGGUGCAGCGCGGGGAGGGGACGCGCCUGGGGCAGGACCUGGGCUGGAGCUCCAGCGAGUUCGAGAGCUACAGCGAGGGCGAGUCCGGAGAGGAAUCCCGGCCGGAAUCCCGGCGGGACGCGGAGCCGGCCAAGCUCCGCGCGGCGUUCCAGCCCAAGGUGUCGCAGCUGAUGCGGGCGGCGCGCAGCGGCACCAAGGACGGGCUGGAGCGCACGCGCAUGGCCGUGCUGCGCAGGGUCACCUUCCUGCAGCGCCGCGAGGGGCCAGGGGACUCGGAGGAGGAGGACACCGGCUUCCUGGAGGUCACCGUGUCCGACAUGAGGCACCCCCCGCCCGAGCUGGGCCCCGCGCCCGAGGGGCUGAGCCCGCAGCAGGUGCUCCGGCGGCACAUCCUGGGCUCCAUCGUGCAGAGCGAGCGCAGCUACGUGGACUCCCUGAAGCGCAUCCUGCAGGAUUACCGGAACCCGCUGCUGGAGAUGGAGCCCAAGGUGCUGAGCGCCCGCAAGUGCCAGCUGGUGUUCUUCCGGCUGAAGGAGAUCCUGCAGUGCCACUCCAUGUUCCAGAUCGCCCUGGCCUCGCGCGUGGCCGAGUGGGAUUCCAACGAGAAGAUCGGGGACCUCUUCGUGGCCUCGGUGCGGGGGAAACGGGAACGGCCCCAAAUCCCCCCGGGAUCACAGCAAACACCGGGAACGGCCCCAAAUCCCCCCGGGAUCACAGCAAACACUGGGAACGGCCCCAAAUCCCCCUGGGAUCACAGCAAACACCAGGAAUGGCCUCCCAAAUCCCCCUGGAAUCAGAGAUUGGGAAUUAGCCCCCAACAUCUCUGGGAUCUCAUAAAAAGCCAGGAAUGGUCCCACAAUUCCCCUGGGAUCCCAGCAAAAAACAAAAUGGCCACAAAUUCCUCUGGGAUCCCAGCAAAAACCAGGAACGGCCCCAAAUCCCACUGGGGUCCUAUCCUAAUUGCCCCCAAAAUUCCCCUGGGAUCAGAGACUGGGAAUCAUCCCAAGUCCUCCCCAAAGAUUGGGAAUUUCACCCAAAACCCCCCUGUGAUCAGAGACUGGGAAUCAUCCCCCACACCCCGCGCUUUGCCCACCCUCCUGCUGGUGUUCGGCGCGGUGGCGGCGGGGACGCCGGUGCUGCAGCGCUGCCGCGUGCCGGGCGCGGUGCCCGUGCUGUGCCUGCGGAACAGCCCGGCAUUCCUGCUGGCCGGGCUGCAGGACGGGCGCGUGGCCGCCUUCCCCCGCACCCACGAGGGUUUAUGGGACGCGGGCUCGGUGCGGGUGCUCCAGGUGGGGUCGGGCCCCGUGCGGGCGCUGCUGGUGCUGGAGGAGUCGCUCUGGGCCAGCUCCCAGAACCUCGUCAGCGUCCUGGGGACACCCGAGCUGCAGAGCCAGCACUGUUUCGAGGCGCACCCCGAGCCCGCGGCGGCGGUGACGCUGAUGGUGCGGGCGGGCAGCGGGGUCUGGAUGGCCUUCGCCGAGGGCUCCUCCAUCCGCCUCUUCCACACCGAGACCCAGGAGCACCUGCAGGAGAUCAACGUGGCCACCAGGACCACCCUGCUGCUGCCCGGGCAGAAGCUCGUGCGCGUCACCAGCCUCCUGCUGUGCCAGGGCUCGCUCUGGGUGGGGACGGAUCUGGGAAUCAUCGUCCUGCUGCCCGUGCCGCGCCUGGAGGGCAUCCCGAAAAUCACCGGGAAGGGGAUGGUGUCCCUGAACGGCCACGCCGGCCCCGUGCAGUUCCUGGCGCUGGCUCUGAGCACUCUGGCGCCCGACGCCCUCCGGGCCGAGCAGGACGAGCCCGACGAGGCCGAGGAGGAGAAAUCCCCGGAUCCGGAGGGGCUCCAGCCGCGGGAAAUGCGGAAAAAAGGGAUUUUGUUACAAUACCGGCUGCGCUCCACGGCCCACCUGCCCGGCCAGCUGCUCUCCGUGCGGGAAGCGGCGCCGGGAACGCCGGGAACGCCGGGACACGCCGAGGAGGACGGGUCCAUCUACGAGCUGGCCGACGAUCCCGACGUGUGGGUGCGGAGCCGGCCCUGCUCCCGGGAUUCUUCCCGCAAGGAAAUCUCCUCCGUGGCCAUCGUCUCCGGAGGCCGCGGGUACCGGGAUUUCCGGGCGGAAUCCGCGCGCCGCUCCGGAGCCGCCGACAGCUCCCUGCUCAUCUGGCAGCUCCCGCUGGCGCUCUGAGCCCGCCUGGAAUUCCCGAAUUUCCUACCUCAGGAGUCCCCCGAAUUCCCGGGCGCGGCGCCGCCCUGGGCGCUUGAGCCGCUGCGAGGAAAAAAACUGGGAAAAAUGCGGGAUUCUCCAGCAGAUCUGGAGUUGGGAGCGACGGGGUUUUCCCGGUUUCCCUGCGUGUGUGUGUGAGUGUGUGUGUGUGGGAAUUCCCUAGAGAUAGAAAUCCCUGGAUUAUAAAUAGGAUGUAAAUUAUUACCUGUAAAAAGAAGGAAUCUGUAUAUAUUGGGAAUGCCGGGGAGAGCAGGAGCAGCUCCCGGAAAAGCGGCUCCGGCUGCAAUAUCCACUCCUGUUCCCGACUGGGAAUUUGAGGAUCUUCCGUACUGAAAUCCCCUGGAUUUGGGAGCCGAGCCUGCUCGGCUUCCCGAGGAAAGGAAAACAGGGGGAGCGUGGAAAUAAAUCUCAUAGGAAUGGC